AUGUGUGCGGCCAGAGGUGUGUCCGUUAGGGCUCGCUUUGAGUUGAGCGCUAAGUUGGAGAAGUGGUAUCCGAGACAUAUGAACAGAGGGUAUCGGGAAAUGAUGCAAACCCUCCGCAAAGUCGACUGUAUAGUCGAAGUGCACGACUCGAGGAUACCGUUGAGCGGUCGCAACACUCACUUCAUUCGCUCCCUGUCUUCACUCAAACCACACGUUAUUGUUAUGAAUAAAUCAGAUUUAAUGGACAUUAGGUAUCAAAACAAGAUUAAAGAGCGGUUGGAAAGCGAUGACAGUAAUAGUCGCUGUAUUUUUGUCAACUCUUUGGAUCCGAGCGCCAAAUCCAAUGGCUUUUCUGCCAUAUUACCAUUAACCAUUAAUUUGGUCCGCAAUUCCAAUCGAUUUAAUAGAGAGGACUUUAAUGGUUAUAAUUUAAUGAUAAUCGGAAUCCCAAACGUCGGAAAGUCGACAAUAAUUAAUAAAUUACGAAAUAUUAACCUCAAGGCGUCGGGAAAGGCCACUACAGUCGGCGCCAUCGCUGGCGUCACCCGAAGUGUGUUGGAAAGGAUCAAAAUCAAUGCCAAUCCUCCCGUCUAUCUCUACGACACGCCCGGAGUUCUUGAGCCCAAAGUAGACAAAGGACUCGAGGCAACCAUGAGAUGCGCUCUUUGCGGAACCCUUUCGCACCAAUUGAUCAGUUAUGAGAUAACCGCCGAUUAUUUGCUCUAUUGGUUAAAUCGGCGCAACAAUUAUGUUUAUGUCGACUUCUUAGGACUCGACGGGCCGUCAGAUAAUAUCAAAGAAGUCUUAAUCAAAGGAUCCGUUUAUUUCAAUAAUUUUAUUGAUUAUAAAUCACAAGAAAGCGGGGAAUUGAUUAGAAGACCAGAUAUGGAAAAGACGGCCAAAGAAUUGAUAAUCGCUUUCCGAAAGGGACUGUUGGGUCGCGUCGUCUUAGACGACGACCUCUUUUCAUAGAUUAUCAUAAUUUGUAAAUCAAUAAUAAACUCAUAUUUACUGCAAAACAGCAUUUAUUCAAAAGAGUCCGCAAUUCAUUAAAUCAAUACUUUAUAACAUAAA